AACAAAUCUCUGUGUAUCUCUGUGUUAGCAGCAUGGGGCUCAAGGUGAUUGCUGUCGGGCUGGUGGUGCUUAAUGCACUGGUCAGUCUGUCUGAAGCUCAGUAUACCCAGAAUACCCAGAAUACCCAGAAUACCCAGAGACCGAGACCUCCUCCUCCUGGUGGCAAGACCGAAAACCAAGAACAGACCAAGCCAUCAAUACCCCUGAGACCCAUGACAUGGAAAUUCCCAAAGGUAAUGGUGCCUUUGGAAGAAGGCGUCACGGUGGAUCUCAGGACUCCCACCAUUCCCGACAGCAUCAAGAUUCGGUGUGAGGAGAAUCAGGUGCUCGCUGAGGUGGACAUGGACUUUUUCAAAACUGGCCAGAUGAUAAAUCCAUCUGAUAUAACACUUGGAGGCUGUGGAGUGGCAGCACAAGACCCGAAUGCUAAAAAGCUGCUGCUCCAGUCUGACCUGCAUAGCUGCGGCAGUGUUCUGACUACAACCAACGAUCAAUUGAUUUACACCUUCACGAUUAUAUAUGCGCCACAACCUUAUCCAAACACUAACAUUGUUCGGACUACUGGUGCCGUAGUUGGUCUUGAGUGCCACUAUCAGAGGCACCAUUAUGUAAGCAGUGAUGUCUUGAUCCCUGCCUGGAUGCCAUACUCUGCUAUUCUGACUAAUGAGGAGAUCUUCCUCUUCUCUCUGAAACUCAUGACGGACAACUUUGUAUCCAUAAGAUCUACAACGGAGUUCUAUUUGGGUGAAAUGAUCUACAUUGAAGCCUCUGUCAUGCAGUUCUACCAUGUUCCCCUUCGUGUGUAUGUGGAAAGUUGUGUGGCUAGAGCUGAUGUUGCAGACAUGGCACCCACCUACAAUGUCAUUGACAACUAUGGGUGUAUGAACGAUGCCAAGGUCACAGGCUCCAGCUCACGAUUUAUGCAGCGCACUGCUGAUGACAGACUUCAGUUCGCGAUAGAAGCCUUCAGAUUUAACAAUUAUGACCGGAUUGUCAUUACAUGCAGACUUAGAGCCACUGCUGCCACAACCCCCAGGGAUUCUCAACACAAGGCCUGUAACUACAUUGGAGGAGGAUGGGCAUCAGCUGGAGGCUCUAACGAAGUGUGCAGCUGCUGUGACUCAAACUGUGCUGGCGGCGGCGGCGGUGGCGUUGGUGGUGGUGGUGGUAAACAAAACAAAAACACUCAAGGUGAACUUUGGGGAGAAACAGCCAUUGGACCCAUCUCUGUUACCAAGAAAACUUAUUGAGAUGAAUUUAUGAUUUCUGCUAAGUUUUAGCAAUAAAGUUGAAAUCACAA